CUUUGGAAAUGUUUGAGUAUGUGGUAUACAGUGAGUGCAGGAAGUACCAUGAGCUGCAUAUGAAUAGCCUACAUGUGUAUAAAUACACUGAAUACUUUCUAGAACUGAGAAUAUGACUAAAUAUAAAGCGCUCUGUUGUAGAACAUUUGUGGGGAUUUUAAAAACAGCAACAACCUUUUCUCGCCCUGGUCUCGACCAGGAUGGGCGUCCUCCCCAGAACAAAAUGCAUGCCAUAAAUAGCAGGGACUUGGGCUAGGCUCUGGGAAACUCCAGACUGAAGGAGAAAUGGCUACCGGUUUGCCAAUAACACAGCAAAUCUGCAGCUCUGUACCUCCGACUUCUUCAGCCACAUCUGCUGUUCCCAUUGCCGAGGUAGAGGAUUGUCUCAUCUAUGAUCGAAACGGGCUUCGAUUAACCUUUAAGAGCUUAUAUCAAACCCACAAAGCUAUCAUUAUUUUUGUGAGGCAUUUUUUGUGCUACACAUGUCAGGAAUAUGUUGAAGACCUAAGCAAAAUACCACAGGAAAUGCUAUUGGAUGCUGAUGUCCGACUUAUUGUCAUUGGGCAAUCAGGCUUUUCCCAUAUAGAGGCAUUCUGCUCGCUGACAGGCUAUCAACAUGAAAUUUAUGUUGAUCCAGAGCGACAUAUUUAUAAGAAACUAGGGAUGAAAAGAGGGGAGAUCUAUGAGGAAACAGCCUCUCAAAGCCCACAUGUGAAAUCCAGCAUGCUUGUUGGCAGUAUAAAGAGCAUGUGGCGUGCCAUGACCAGUCCUGCCUUUGAUUUUCAAGGAGAUCCUCUCCAGCAAGGAGGAGCACUCAUCAUUGGCCCAGGCCGCAACAUUCAUGUUGCACAUUUUGACAUGAAUCGAUUUAACCAUAUGCCAAUCAAUGGGUUGCUUCAGCUGGCUGGAAUGCAGGUGGUUGACUUUAACAGACAUGCCAAGAUUAUUGACGUAUGAGAAAGGCACCCACCGUUUCACUUUAGAUUUGCACUCGGCUUUUAAACAGGGUUUUAAAAAGCACCUCUUUGUUGGAACGUGUUCAUAAAGGAGACAUAACAGCAUAUCUACCGAGAUCUGAGGAGACUUCUUUGAUUUAUAAUCUCAGGUAACCCAAUAUCAUUUAAAAAAUGAACUGACCCUGGUAUUAGAAUAGCUAAUGCAGAAUGGGUUGUACAGUUGUGCAGAUAAAAGACCUAAAGAAGCAAGCACAAAAUUUCCUUCAGCCUCCUUCUAACCAGACCAUGAAUAAUGCCAUUUCAGCAGGACUUCUUCCCGGUUCUGCAUAUAUGUAUGGUUAUGUAGCACAAGUUUAAAUAACCUGUACAUUCCUUUGUAUCUGCUUAUUUUUGUCUGACAGAAAUGCCAUGUUUGUGAAAUAUUACAAAGUUUCUUUGCAAAACCUUGAA